GAAGACCAUACGCAGCACAACAUGACCGUACACUCCGGUAUGACAGGAGGGACACGGCGUACGUCUGGGAUGUCCACGUCGAGUUGUUAGGGUCUCACACACCGCUCGGGGCCAUGGGGACACGGUUGUCUCGCGACGGCAGCAGCCUGUCGCUCAUCCCGGAGAGUCAGAGCACCGGGCAGCGCGGGAGGGAGGACUCCGACAACGAGUCUCUGGACGGGCUGGUCCGGCGGGAGGACAUCGCUCAGUUCCCCUACGUGGAGUUCACCGGCAGGGACAGCAUCACGUGUCCGACCUGCCAGGGCACCGGACGGAUCCCCUCUGAACAAGUGAACGAGCUGGUCGCAUUGAUCCCAUACAGCGACCAAAGGCUGCGGCCCCAAAGGACGAAGCUGUACGUGGUCCUGUCGGUUGUGCUGUGCCUCCUCGCUUCCUCGCUCGUGGCCUUCUUCCUCUUCCCUCGCUCCGUGGUGGUGGUGGAUGAUGGGAUACACUCGGUGAACGUGCGCUUCGACCACUCCAACCUGAAAGUCCUCAUGAACAUGACGAGCACUCUGAACCUCAGCAACCCAAACUUCUUCUCGGUGCUGGUGCAGAGCGUGAGCUGCCAGGUCCUCUACAUGAAGACUGUGAUCGGAACGCAGCAGCUAGACAGUGUCACCACCAUCCUGCCGCUCAGUCAGCGCCAGGUGAACUACACGGUCAGUGUGGAGAUUGGUAGCAGCGCCCCCUACGUCUACGCCUUCUGCACCAUGCCCAGCAUUAAGGUCCACAACAUCGUCGUAUAUAUGCAAACCUCAGUGAAAACCUCCUACAUGGUGAGAACGUCCCAGAACAGCCUGGAGGCGUACCGCUACAUAGACUGCGGCUCCAACACCACCCGCUCCCGGACUAACGAGUACCAGCAGCAUCCUUCCUCCGCCCGCUCACUGCCGGUAAAAACCCAGCCUCUUCUGAUGUGAACGGAAGGAUCUCUCCUCCGCGGCGGUGCAGCACGCCUUCAAGCACAAUACCAAAUGGUGCUUUCUUAUAAGCUCACUCCAAUAUUUGAAACUUAAAUGUUAACUUGUGCCCUUGGAUGAUGAAGUAGGAAAACAAGUCUGUGGGAAGGGGAUGUUGUGAAACGCUUGUUUUUCUUUUUUUUUUUUUUUUUUUUAAACUGCACCUUUUUUUUCAUCGGACAUCCCAGAAGGCAACUGAUAUACGGUUUCGUGGCGGUUCUCGUUUGGCCUGGAUUUUUCUUGCCCUUUUUUUUUUUUUUUUUUAGUUGCCUUACCGGGGCUGAUGAUUGCCUGAACUUACCACGUCUAUAAUCCAAGUUUAACAAAGGUCAUUUUUGCUAUUUCAAACUUGCUGACAGACGACACCGUUAUUGGCUUUAAUGGACGUCACAGAGCUCCGUCUGUCUGCUGCUGCUGCCACAUCUGUAGAACUCUCUUCAGCUUUGCUCAAAUGACUUUUUGGUGUUGCAACACUGUCUUGGACCGAGAUGUGCUGACUUCUCUUUAAAAAAGACGGGGGAGGAGGUCAGUCUGCUGUUUUUCUAUUUUUGGAUGCUAUGCAAAGGAGGGAUAAUUUAAUGAUGGAUGUUUUUUUGGCACCUGGAAACUGGGACGCGUUCUUAAACAUAUUGCUUUUGCGGUGUUAUUUAACAACGGCAUUCAACAUGUCCCUGAUGUUUUUUAAAUGUUAUUUCUCUCAUCACAGCAAGUCUAAGCACACUGGUUUUUAGUGUCAGAGAGCAAUAAACUGCUCACAAAGUAUCAGUGAAGCUGAUUAGGGAUCUACAGGAUCAGUGAAGUCUUAAACAUUCACACUCUUGUCUAAACUACUGAAAGGAAUAGAAUAUGUGCUGCUGAGCGUCUGCAAACGGGAUCGACUCUGCUCCUUCCUUUGGCCUUAUCCAUCAUCUGUGUGUUUUAAUCAACUCCUCUGUGUCUGUCAAUCAAACGCCACUGUGGAUGUUUGACCAGGAAGUCCGUUUAGUCCAGAUCCUUGUGGUCGACUGAGGCUUUACAGCACCAAGUAUUUUCAAAUGAAUUCUGCUGCAGGCUAUGUUCUGCGUGAAUGUGUCAUUUAUGUCAUAACAAAAGUUUUUAUUUAAAGGGACAGUUGUUUGUAAAUUUGUGAAUGAGAAUUUUUACCAGGGUUUUUAAAAAGAAUACAGUUUAUAUUGUCAUGCAAAACAGCUAUUAAAGGGACGUGUGAAUAAAUAAAACUAAU